GACGUGAUCAGAUCAGGAAGUAAACAGUGUUGUUUGUUUGGCGCUAAACUUUCUUCCUUGUUGUUUCUCUGCGACUUUCCUCUGCUUUUGGAAAUAUGGCUAGCUUCCCACAGAAAAUAAAAAAGAGCGUACCGGAAGAAACCAAGAGCAGUCUGACUGAGAAAGAUUUGCAGAAGUGGGGUUUGCAAGGGAUUCAGUUGAGAGCCUAUCAGCUGGACGGAGUGCAGUGGCUCACCCAGUGCCUGGCCAACCAGCAGGGAUGUAUCCUAGGAGACGAGAUGGGCCUGGGCAAGACCUGCCAGACCAUCUCUCUGCUACUGUACAUGAGAGGGGCUCUGCGGCAGGACGGGCCGUUCCUGGUCGUCAGCCCGCUGUCUGUCAUGGACAACUGGAGGAGCGAGAUGGAAUGCUUAUCCCCCUGUCUCAAGGUGCUGUGUUACUCUGGAGACAAAGACAAGAGAGCAGAACUGCAGAGGGACAUGGACAACACACCCUACCAUGUUCUGCUAACUACAUAUGAGCUCUGUGUCAAAGAUGCCUCAUUCCUGAAAAGGAGGAAGUGGAAGGUCUUGGUAGUUGAUGAGGCUCACAGACUGAAGAACCACAACUCCCUGUUGCACAAAACCCUGAUGGAGUUCUCUCUGGAUUUCAGAGUGCUGCUGACAGGAACUCCUAUCCAGAACAACCUGACGGAGCUCUACAGCCUCCUAUCAUUCAUCCAGCCCAGUCUCUUCCCCACAGACCAGACUGAGGACUUCACUAGCACUUACAGCCAGGUCGAGACACAACCAACUCUGGCCAGUGCUCUCCAGAGUGUACUGCAGCCCUUCCUGCUGAGGAGGGUAAAGGCGGAGGUAGCAGCUGACCUCCCCAUGAAGACGGAGAUCCUGAUGUACCACGGCCUGUCUGCCUUGCAGAAGAGAUAUUAUAAGGCUAUACUCAUGAAGGACCUGUAUGCCUUUGGGAAUGAGCAGGGCAACAAGACCAGACUGCUUAAUAUACUGAUGCAGCUCAGGAAGUGUGUGGACCACCCCUACCUGUUUGAUGGUGUGGAACCAGAGCCGUUUGAGAUGGGAGAGCAUCUGAUCCAGGCUAGUGGGAAACUCUGUCUGUUGGACAGUAUGCUGGCAUACCUGCACCAAGGGGGUCAUCGUAUCCUGCUGUUCUCCCAGAUGACAAGGAUGCUGGACAUUCUCCAGGAUUACAUGGAAUACAGAGGUUACAGCUAUGAGCGUCUGGAUGGAUCAGUCAGGGGGGAGGAGCGUAACCUGGCCAUCAAGAACUUCAGCAGCAAACACGUCUUUGUCUUUCUGCUCAGCACUAAAGCAGGAGGUGUUGGGAUGAACCUAACAGCAGCUGAUACUGUGAUCUUCGUUGACUCUGACUUCAACCCCCAGAAUGACCUGCAGGCCGCCGCUCGCUGCCACCGGAUUGGUCAGACCAGGGCUGUGAAGGUGAUCCGGCUCCUGGGGAGGGAUACGGUAGAGGAGAUUGUGUACUCCCGGGCGGGUUCUAAGCUCCGCCUUACCAACACAGUGAUAGAAGAGGGGCGUUUUUCUCUGCUAAACCACACCCACUCUGCUGCUGCCGGUCUGCAGCUCAGUGAGAUCCUGAAGUUUGGAGUGGACAAGCUGCUGUCAUCAGAAGAGAGCUCCAUCCAGGCUGUGAACCUGGGUCUGAUCCUGGGACAGUCUAGAGAUGGGGAGUGGCUGACUGAUGAAGCCCCCACCCAGACCCAGGGCCUGCCCACAGAGGAGGAGGAGGGGGAAUCUGAGGGCCAGAACCACAUGUACUACUUUGAAGGGAAGGACUACUCCCGGGAGGUGAGCUCUGAGGACCAGAGGACCUUCAGUCGUCUCCUGGAGGAGGAGGCUGGAGGAGGAGAGAGACGGGCGACUCGACACAACGAUGAAGUGUGUCUGUCCAGGCCCCUGGGGGCCCCCCUGAGGAAGAGGAUGGCUAAGACUGACCUGAAAGAGAGGAGGGAGGAGGCUGCGGCUAAGAGGGCCAGACUACAGGAGGACAAGAAGAGGAGACUACAGGAGAACAAACACAGGAAGAAGAUGGCAUGGUGGGAGUCCAGUGGGUACAGGAGCCUGUGUCUACCCUCUGUGGAGAGCGAGGAAGAAGAGGCUGAUGACCUCAGUGUGACCUCUACUGAUUCAGAACACUCUGCUAUUAGUUACGUGUUGGGUGAUGUCACACACCCCCACGCCAGCCAGGAAGACGCCAUCAUAGUGCACUGUGUUGAUGACUCGGGCCGGUGGGGUAGAGGUGGUCUCUUCACAGCACUGGAGAACCGUUCAGAUGAACCUCGGAAACAAUAUGAACUGGCUGGAAAGAUGAAAGACUUGGAGCUGGGAUCUGUGUUGCUGUUCCCUGUUGAUGAUAAACAGUCCAGACUGGAUGGUCAAGACCAGGUGGCUCUGGUAGUGGCCCAGCAGAGAGCCAGAGACAACAGCCUGUCAGGGAUCCAGCUCUCUGCUCUGGAAGAAGGACUCCAGAAGAUCUAUAGGGUCGCCAAGACUAACAAGGCUAGCGUUCACCUCCCCCGUAUCGGCCACUCCACCAGAGGGUUUAACUGGUAUGGAACAGAGAGGCUCCUCAGGAAACACCUGUCCUCGAGAGGGGUACACACCUCCAUAUACUACUACAGCAAGUCAGCCUCUACCUCUGCUUUAGGUACGUCCACAACGCCCUCCACAGCAUCAGCCUCUACCUCCAAGGCCUCAGCAGCAUCCCCCUCCCCAUCCUCCAGCUCAGACAGAGGGAGUGAGGAAGGAGAGACAGCCAAUCAGAGCAGCAGGACCCUCAGCCCCCCUGGCCCUGCUCUUCCUGACUUCAUGAGAGGAGUUCAUGUGUUCUUCUACAACCUGACAGCCUCCGACAGGAAGAGACUGGCCCAAUACCUCAUGACAUAUGAAGGAGAUGAGGAGGAGUUCAUGAGUCCAGAGGUCACACACAUUGUAGCAGAGCUGGAGAGUCCUGUCCAAUCACAGGCGAUCCAGGAGCUUAUUGGUCAGCACCCUCAGGCACUUCCUGUUCAGAAGACCUGGCUGGAGGCCUGCUUCUCCAGACAGAGACAAGUCAACCCCACCAAGUUCCUGCACUGCUUUAAAUGAUGAUGAUGAUGAUGAUGUAGCUCUUCAGUACUAAAACACGCAGCAUAUGUGAGCCUUGUACUGCCCAGAGGAACAGUCUGUUAGGUGCUGACCUCUGCACUGCAGGAGCCACGGAUCAGUCCUUGUUGCAGCACUCCCUUUCUCCCACAGCAAUACUUAUUUAAUACUUAACAUACUCUUCAAUAUGCUGUUGUAUUUAUCUGGGACUUUUGAUCAACUGAUUACAAUAAAGUAGAGAACAUUCA